AUACGUCUAUGGAAACCCGAAGCGAAAGCUAAGACAGCAACAGUGGCUCAAAUGGAAACUCUAGUCAAAGCUGGUCUCUACCAAAGCAAGCCCAGACUCGUUCUUGGCGAUUUCAAUGAAAUCCAAUGUAAUUCAGAAAAAUUAGGAGGACCUGCAAAGCCAGAAUGGCAGUUUAGCAAUUUCAGGAGGAUGUUAAGAGUUUCUGGCUUACAUGAAGUUAAAACCUAUGGAGGCUUGUAUACCUGGAUAGGUAACCGAAGCACUGGGACAGUUAAAUCUAAAUUGGAUAGAAUUGUUGCUACUGCAGAUUGGAAGAAUCAAUUUCCUAAGGCACUGGUUCAACUUUUGGAUUGGAUAGGCUCAGACCAUCGGCCUCUUUUGCUUCAAACUGAGAACAAUAAAUGGAAAGGCACAAAGCAAUUUCGUUAUGAUAACCGAUGGAGGUUUAAGCAAGACCUUCAUAUGGCUUUGCAAAAAUCGUGGGAUCAAGACUGCAGUCACUUACCACCACAACGAUUCUGUGAAGCUUUGAAGCGUUGCAGGAACAGCCUUUCACGCUGGAAAUCUGCACAAAAUCUCAAUUCUCACAAGUUGAUCCAGCAACUCCAUCUUGCCAUCCAAAAAGCUAACAACUUGGAACCAGUUCUGCAACAUAUCCAAUCCAAAGUUACAGUAGAGAUGAACCAGCAGCUGACCAAACCAGUUUCUGAGGGGGAAAUCUACCAGGCUUUAUCCCAUAUGAAUGUUGAUAAGGCCCCAGGACCUGACGGGCUAAAUGCAGGAUUCUACAAAUAUCAUUGGCCGACAAUCAAGUCAGCCAAUAAAGCUGAGUGUCAGCAAGUUCUCCAACUACUUCAGCUCUAUGCCAAUGCUUCAGGCCAACAUGUCAAUUUCCAAAAAUCAGCCAUACUCUUUGGUAAGAGUGUUCCUACUGAUACUCAACAAUACAUUAAAGGGCUAAUGGGAAUCUCUAGAACUGGUUUUGGGCGUUAUUUGGGUCUACCUGAAGCUGUUGCAAAUGUUGCUCGUCGAAACAUCAAGAUCUCACCAGAAUGUAUCUUCUGUGGGGAGGCCAAGGAGACUACUUUGCAUUUGCUGUUUCACUGCCGCCUAGCUCGUGAGAUUUGGGAGCUAUCACCCAUUGGGAUGCGGCCAGAGCACGCUGUAUUUCAACAUCAUCCUGAACCAGGCAAUCAUGAGAUUCAAAACUACAUAGAAGAUAUACUUGCUUUGGCUAAAGGUCGCUACUGCUUUAAGUUUGUUGGUAGAGAAGAAAAUGUAAUGGCUGAUAAUCUAGCCAAACAAGCUCGUCAAAAGCUUUCUCCAUAUACAAUCUCUUGGGUCUAUUGAAUGUAUGUUGUAAACUAUGUACUUUUUCCUUAUAUAAUGGAAUAUUUGGCCGACAAAAAAAAAAGAAAGUUGCAUGAAUGAAUAGUUUUUUAAGUA